CCUGCCCGUUACUAUGGUUACACCCCCAGCCCGUGCUGCUGGAAGCUUCAACAACCGCCGAGUAAGUUCAGCGGAAUAUGAAUCUUGGACUACUUAUGGAAAAUACGUGUUUCAUUCCACGUCAGAGUUGGGCGAAAGUAAUUAUUCUUGUGAUCUGGUGAAAGCCCCGAGCUGCCAUAAACCUUGCAGAGAUCCCCCCCACCACCACCACCACCCGCACCACCUUCUUUGGUUCCACAUCAUUGGGUUUAAUUGUGGAGGAGGACGGUAAAACACCUCAGCUGGAUGAGAUGGAGAGGGGACGAGGAGUUCAAGUGGAAGUGAGCAGUGGACACGAGCCAAGUGCAGGUCAGUUUUGGUUUCAGCUGUUGGCUGGACCCGGAUUCCCGAAGGCUUUACCUUCUCCCAGUUUCUCCAGCUGUUGACCCUUGUUUCAGACUCCUCUCUUCUACCUGCUGGGCUCCACGUUGUCCCUGCCUGCCUGCCUGGCUGUGCUGAGCGAUGAAGAUCCCUGUGUGGUACCUGGUAGUGCUGCUGGCGUGUCUCUUCACCCCUGGACGCAGCGACUGCCAGGGGGAGUGUGUGGCCUGCGGACUGCUCCUGCAGCAGCAGCAGCUGCAGCAAGCCUUCAACACCAUGGUGUGUCUGCUGGAGUGUGAGGGUCACGUCUCCCCGUCGCUCACGUGGGAGGUGUGUAAACGUGCCGUGAAGCUGUCGCACCACCCGGCGACGCUGUCGGAAGGAGGCGCUCUGCUCAAGAGAACGGGAGAGGAGCUGGCGCUGACCUCUCUCGACCUGAGCUCAGACAAUGAACUGCUGCAGUCUGCAGCCGCAGAGCGCUUCCAGGAAGGGAAUCAGGAUGAGACACCCUUUGAGCAGCGCAGCGUCCAGUAUGACUCAUCACUGCUGGAAUCCUCUGAGGAGGAGGAGGAGGAGGAGGGGGGCCUGCAGGGUCUGGAUCUCGGUCUGGUGGACGAAGACAGGAAGCAGAGGGGGGAGAGGAACGUGGAGCGUGACAGCCAGCUCGAAGAGGACGAGGAUGACACCUCGGAGGCCGUCACCUUGUCCAAACGCUUUGGUGGCUUUCAGAGGGGGCGCCACGGAUACAGGAAGCUGAUUGGCUCCCCGGCGAGGCCCUUACAAAAGCGCUACGGUGGGUUCAUAGGCGUCCGGAAAUCUGCCCGCAAGUGGAACAAUCAGAAACGUGUGAACCAGCUGCUCAGGCAGUACCUGGGCAUGAGGAGCAGCCGCAGCGGCAAGUUCAACAGCAUCCCUGUAACUCGGGUGUGGAGGCAAAACAAACUGUAGCGUGCGUCUGCUGCCCCCAGUUACCUCAGCCAAUCACGUUCUCAACAGCUCGCUCACAGUUUGACGUCAUCAGAAGAACAGACUCCGCCAUCUUGCUGCACCUUUUCUGUGUCUCUAAGUAACAACGAAUGUUUUUGACCGUGAUGUCCUUCUUAUUAAGCAUAUUUUCGUGCCAUUCUGUGAAAUAAAAAGAAUUAGAGAAGUGCAAUUGAAUAUAUUUUUGUGUGUUGGUAUAAUAAACGGGGCCAAAUGAGGUCGGAGGUUUGA